ACUCAACCCAAAUAUAGUAAACAAUCCAAAAUUGAAUCUAAAACCAAAAAACCUCGAUACCCUUUUCCUCUUCUUGAACCCUAAUUAUUCUGUCAAGAACAAUGAUGGCCUCGCCCGAUCAGAGUUCAGCCCUCGAAAUCAUUCGCCAACACCUUCUCGACGAUUCUGCUUUCAUCCAAAAUUAUUGCCCGUCGUCUGCCUUGUCCUCGUCGGAUCAGUCGCAGAUUUCAAGAACUAGCUCUUACUCUUCUUCCUCGAGUGAUCAGACUUCUGUCUACGUUAGCCCGAAAAGGGAGUUUGAAUACUUAGAAUUUGAAACGAAGCCUCAAAGAAACUUGUCUGAGAGGAAGCCUUCGCUCCACAUAGCCAUUCCCCAAGUGAACAAGAAGCUGCAGAACGUUGAAGCAAAUUCCGGCGAAGGAAGGCAUUACAGGGGGGUAAGACAGCGGCCGUGGGGGAAGUUCGCGGCGGAGAUACGUGAUCCGACGCGGAAGGGGACGAGGGUGUGGCUCGGAACCUUCGACACGGCGGUGGAAGCAGCCAAGGCCUACGAUAGGGCGGCGUUCAAACUGCGGGGGAGGAAAGCAAUACUGAAUUUCCCACUUGAAAUCGGGACCUCGAACCCGUUGCCGGAAAAUGAGACGACGGCGGCGAUUGGAUGCCGGAAAAGGGGGAGAGAGAGUGAGUGUGAACAAAGAGAGAGGAAAGAAGUCAAGAGGGAAGAGAUUGAAGAAGUUACAAGUGAGAGUGAGGUAACGGCGGCGGUGCCGUUGACGCCGUCGAGUUGGACGGCGGUUUGGGACAGUGGAGAUGUGAAGGGUAUAUUUGAAGUUCCGUUGUUAUCGCCGUUAUCUCCACAUGAGAGGUUGGGUUAUUCAGGGUCAGAACUGUUGGUUAAAUGAGCAGUAGCUAGAUUAAAAUGCACCUGACGCUAAAAGUCUGGGGUGGUUUAGGAAUUUAAGAAAGUCCUGGGGUGGUAAAGAGGAUUAAUGAUUUCCCUUGCCUCUUGGUGAAAGCCGAAUUAAACUGAGAUUUGUUUAAAUUAUUUAUUCCUUUGUAUGAUAUGGAAGCACUUUGCCAUGGAAAAA